GCAAUUAAUGCAUUCUAAUUUGUAUUUUGAGCACACACAGAGAAAUGCUGAAAGCCGUUUUGUAUGUGUUUAUUAUUGAGCUCCCCUGAUUGGUGCUAUAUAAUUAGGAUUAGAAAUAUAAUAUGACUGGCCAGGGACAUGUUGUCUAGCAGCUGCAGGAAUCAGGAGUUUGUCCUCCAGCUUCACUCGCCCCUUUGCUUUUGGCAGCUCCAGUUUCAACAGGCUGACUCUCAGGAAUGGUGAAGGUGAUGUAAAAUGAAGUAUCCAGGGAGCUCACCGUUUUCCUCUUAGUAAUCAUUAGAUUAAAACGUGACAACUUCAGAAGACUACUACUACUGAACAGUGCAGCAAUCCUCACAAAUCCAACCACCUGCUUCUUUACUUGUUUCGCUUUGAAUGGCACGUGAUCUUUAUCAUUGAACCUCACUGGACUGGCAGCACUGCAUUUCUGUGGAUCGAAUAACUGUUUCCUGCCGCACUAGAUCAGAAACUUGCAGUGUCAGUGUGCUGAAUCGUUGUCCAUCAGGCCCUGCUGAUUGGUUGUAAACUGUAGAUAAUUAUUAGACCUUGGUCUCUGAUAGAGUGAGUAAUAGCAUUCCUGUAGUGUUUUGUUAGACUGGUUCCAAAGAGUAAAGCCGCUGUGCAGUCCCAGACGAUGAACUAUGUGGGGCAGCUAGCGGAGACGGUGUUCGUCACUGUGAAGGAGCUCUAUAAGGGUCUGAACCCAGCGACGCUGACCGGGGGCAUCGAUGUCAUCGUGGUGCGGCAGCCCGAUGGCUCUCUGCAGUGCUCCCCCUUCCAUGUGCGAUUCGGCAAGCUGGGUGUGCUGAGGUCCCGCGAGAAAGUGGUGGACAUAGAGAUCAAUGGGGAGCAGGUGGAACUUCACAUGAAGCUGGGAGAUAACGGGGAGGCUUUCUUUGUGGAAGAGAAUGAGGAUCACAAGGAGCGGGUCCCUGCGCACCUGUGCACCUCACCUAUCCCAUUGGAGGGUCUGGAGGGGUGUGAGGCGGCAGAGUCGCCCCCGAUCACUGGCUCCCGCAGGAAGAAGCGCCGGCGGAAACGCACACGCUCCGAAACCCCCUGGAGAGAGGAGGGAGGGUCCUCUGAUGAUGAACGGGAGCUCCAAGCGAGUGAGGGGCUGGGGGAGGAUGCCGUGCCAUUCGUGCCAACCAGUUCUUCUGUCUACUAUUCAUUUGUGGAGGACACCAUUGAAGAUCUGGGGAGCACACAUUCCCAUGAUAUUCACCCCUAUUCGGAUGGGGAGUGGUCACCUCCAGAAAGUGUUUUCAUGAGCCGGCCUUCCUCCCCAAAGAGUGAUUCCGAGCUGCUGAUUAAACCUCCUGAAUCGACAGGGCCCCAGAUGCAGUGGGCCUGGGGAGGCUUCCCAAAGGUUAGAACGAGUGAGAGAGCACAAGCAGAGGCUUCACAAAGCUCCCCUACUGUCCAGCCUUCAGGAAGCACCCACUUCCGAGCAAUCUAUCGCCAGGACUCUAUUGAGCUUGACAUGCCGGAAGAGUCCUCGUUCCAAAGUGGCAGUGUGACUCUGCUAAGACCAGAACCGCGGGAGCAAGUGGCAGGGCCCAGCACUUUAGAUAAAAGGCUAACCAGUGUACAACCAAGCACAAUCACAGUCCCAGCUUUAGAACACAGCACAGGAACAGAACUGGAACAAAUCCUGCCUGCAACAGAACCCAGUCCAGACACAGUCCAUGUACUAACCAGACCUGGAACAGAACCCAGCCCAGACGUAGUCCAUGUACUAACUGAACCUGGAACAGAAUCCAGCACAGACACCGCCCCAGUGCAAACACAACCAGAACAAAGAUUAGGGGUCACACCACUUGCACAAACACAAGCAUGGGUUGGAGGGGAAAACUCACUGGAAUCAACACAAACACAACUACGGCAAGCCCUCCAGAUUGGAGCCGACACUCCUGCAGAACCGGCUCCAGAAACAAGAACCGGACCGUCUCCUCCCCCAUCCGACAUCAGAAUUGAAGUGCUACCCUCCAGUGGGCCUUGCCCCAGGGCUGGAACUGAGACAGUGGAUGGGUUGGAGCAGAAUCUUGAACAUAUAGUGCCAGGAACACUUGAGGGUGCUGCUAAAGGGGAUGUGGAGGCUGAAGAGGACAAAGGGGUCCCAGAGAGGACAGCAGAGGUCCCUGAAAGCUCUGAAGCCACAGCAAGUGUGAAAGUCAGUUCAGAGGUUGAGGAGAGUACAAAAGCUGAAGCACAGCUGGCUGCUGCAGACAUGGCUGUGAAAACCGAACCCCUGGCGAAAAAGAAAAGUAAACGGAGCCAGCACCUGGGCCCUUCUGACAUCUAUCUGGAUGACCUUACCAACCUUGACCCGGAGGUUGCUGCUCUCUACUUCCCCAAAAGUGACGUGGAGACGAGCUCGCGGCCAGAGGCUGAGCCAGGCUCACAGUCUGGUAACCAGUCACCUCAGUCAGUGGGCAGUGGCGCCAUGGACAGCGGGACAGACUACUUGUCGGAUUCUCCGGGAGACCUGGCUGAAGUCACCAUAUCCCUGUGCGGCCAGCUGGGGGAUGUCAGCCAGAUCAGCAAAGAGAAAUUCAUGGAGCACGUGAUCAGCUUCCAGGCCUUUGCCUCCAAUCCAGGAAUCAUUGAGGACCCCAAUCUAGUGAUCUGCAUCAAUUCCAAGUAUUACAACUGGGCUGUUGCUGCUCCCAUCAUCCUUUCAAUGCAAGCAUUCCAAAAGAAUUUACCAAAGAGCUCUGUGGAGCAGCUGAUGAAGGACAAAAUGCCAAAGAAAUCCGGGAGGUGGUGGUUCUCAUGGAGACGUAGAAAUCUUGAAACUAAAGAGGCUAAAACAAGUGAAGAAAAAUCAGAGGGGCAGAACAAGACAGAGGCACCUGAUCACGUCCCCUCCACUUCAACGCACACAGGCAGUAAUACUACAAGUGAUGACGACUCGCAGACAGAGAGUCUCUCUACAGAACAGUGCCUUAACCAGAUGUACCGCAAGUCUCUCCGCCUCACCUCCGAGCAGAUAGAACGGCUCAACCUGCGGGAGGGGGCCAAUGAGAUUGUGUUCAGCGUGACAACACAGUACCAAGGGACCUGCCGCUGCGAGGCCGCCAUCUACCUGUGGAACUGGGACGACAGGAUCGUCAUUUCAGACAUCGAUGGCACCAUCACCAAAUCUGAUGCACUGGGACACAUCCUGCCUCAACUGGGGAAAGACUGGACUCACCAAGGGAUUGCAAAACUGUACCACAAAAUACACCAAAAUGGCUACAAGUUCCUGUACUGCUCUGCGCGAGCGAUUGGGAUGGCUGACAUCACCAAGGGGUACCUGCAGUGGGUCAACGACAGGGGGACAGUUCUCCCUAAAGGCCCGGUGCUACUCGCACCAAGCAGCCUCUUCUCAGCCCUGCACAGGGAGGUGAUUGAGAAGAAACCCGAGGUGUUUAAGAUUGCCUGUCUGACUGACAUCAGAAACCUCUUCAGCCCAAUGCGGCAGCCCUUCUAUGCUGCCUUUGGAAACAGAGUUAACGAUGUUUACGCCUACAAACAAGUAGGAGUGCCAGAGUACCGAAUCUUCACAGUCAACCCCAAAGGAGAACUCAUCCAAGAAAAAACCAAGGGCAACAAAUCUUCGUACCUUCGUCUGAGCGAGCUGGUCGAGCAUGUCUUCCCUCUGCUCACACAGGGUCGCAGUUCAUCGUUUGACUGCCCAGAGUUCAGCCACUUCUCUUUUUGGAGAGAUCCUGUCCUCCCCCUGGAUCUGGGGGAGCUGCAGUAACCUCCUGCCUGCCUGUCCACACCUGGAAUCAAUCCUUUAAUUUCACUAACUUUCAAUUUUGAAGAAAGACCAAAGAUCGCAAAUACAGAAAGCAGGGUUUUCCUGGUUUCAGGAAAAAAUAAACACUGAACAGACUCUUCCAGUACAUGAUAGAAAAGCCUUCACCUGACUAGCACUUUCAAUUCAAUGCAUAGUCUGUUUUUUUUUUUGUUUUUUUUUAAGAAACAUCCAAUACCUUAUAUAAAUCAUUUCAAAAUGUACAUUGUGGACUGAUGCAGCUGUGGGCAAAAGUCAACCAGUUAUCUAUUGAAAUUCUGUAUAGUUGAUUACCAUCAGCAAUGGACUUCUGUUUCUGAGGGGUUAUCAUCUGUAUGGAUUGUAAGGCAGGGUUUUUCAGCUGGAAACUGUUUAGAAAAUAAAAAUAAAUAAAUAAAAAAAAAAGGCCAUCGUUGUAAAACAACAUUUUAAGUUUUAAUUUUGAUUAGUUUCCAUUUAGUUUUGGUCCUGUAAGCUAUUAGUUACAGCUGAAUGUGAUGCACUGCAACAACUGCUGGGUGACAGAAUUCUAGCCAAAAGCAGCGAGGAACGAAUACCAACCUUUUAUUGAAAUGAAUAAUAGAAACUGAUAAUUUAACAUGAUUUUAUUGAAUGUUUAUGUUGUGCAUAUUCUCCAUCUUAAUUUGUUUCAUGUACUUGACAGUGUAUUGUGAAUAUGUAAGACUGGAGUUAUCAAACACUACUUUUGAAAGAAAGAGCUUGUCCUGUUGAGUUGUUUGGUUUAGUUAACAGGAGUGAUCAGGGAUAGUAAUCAAACCAAGUAUUCUUGCUAUGAAGGAUAACAUAUAUGAUACGUGCAAAGUAAGGUUUUGGUGUAAGAACAAGUGUUAAAUGAAUAAAAAAACAUCUCAGUA